GGAUGGCAGAGGUGUGUGGAAGGCACCUGUGUGCCCCUGCUGACGAUUUUUUUUUUUCCUUUAUGCUGAAGGGUCGAUAAUAUCUGAGGGGCGGCGGCGAAUCCCCGCGCGAGCCCAGGGUGUCAGAGGCAGGGGCAGAAGAAACAAAGUUCCCGGGGCUUCUCCGAGGCCGCUGUCCGGGUCGUCAGUUCGGCCUCCCCCUCCUCGGCGAGGCAAUGGCUUCCAAACUCCUGCGUGCGGUCAUCCUUGGGCCGCCAGGCUCAGGCAAGGGCACCGUGUGCCAGAGGAUAGCCCAGAACUUUGGCCUCCAGCAUCUCUCCAGCGGCCACUUCUUGCGGGAGAACAUCAAGGCCAACACGGAAGUUGGUGGUAUGGCAAAGCAAUACAUAGAGAAAGGCCUUCUGGUUCCCGAUCAUGUGAUCACACGCCUCAUGCUGUUGGAGCUGGAGAAUAGGCGCGGCGAGCACUGGCUACUUGAUGGUUUUCCUCGAACAUUAGUUCAGGCUGAAGCCUUGGACAGAAUAUGUGACCUGGAUCUAGUGAUCACUUUGAAUAUUCCAUUUGAAACGCUCAAAGAUCGUCUCAGCCGACGUUGGAUUCACCCUCCCAGUGGGAGGGUAUAUAACCUGGACUUCAACCCACCUCAUGUACAUGGGAUUGAUGAUGUCACUGGUGAACCAUUGGUCCAGCAAGAGGAUGACAAGCCUGAAGCAGUUGCUGCCAGACUAAGACAGUACAAGGAUGUGGCAAAGCCAGUCAUCGAGUUAUACAAGAGCCGAGGAGUGCUCCACCAAUUUUCGGGAACCGAGACUAACAAAAUCUGGCCCUAUGUUUACACACUUUUCUCGAACAAGAUCACACCUGUUCAGUCCAAAGAAGCCUACUGAGCCUGCGCAGUGGAAGAACCAGGAAGAUAUGGUCAUUCGUUCAAUUGUGUGUGUAGUAUUGGUGCCAUGUCCCAGUUAGCAGCUAGCCGAGAUAGCUUGCAGUGUCUUUUCUAGUUUAAAUGGUGAACAGACAUGAAAACUAAUGAAUAGAAUGAGUUAAUGAUGAGGCUCUUCUCUGCCUUUCUAAAAGAGGGGCCACCUACACGUGUUUAAGAUGUCCCUGCACAUGUCUCAAGUUCUUUAUAAGAAUGGAAGCAACAUAGGCUGGAUUCCAAGUGGUGUAUCGCCCAGCUCUAGCUGAUUUUCCACGGCCAGGUUGUUGCCAUAGUAGCUCUUUCACACGUGAUGGUGCUGCUCCUGGUUCUCCCCAGCCCCUAAAGGCUGUUGAAACAUAGCACCAGGAGGCCUGAGAAUGCCAGGGGCUAUAGCUGCCUUUGUCCUGGUUCUCUGGCAUCUGCCCUCCUGGUGACAGUGGGAUUGAAACAGUAGCUCUCAGUGAUUGCUUCUCUGGCCUUGAGUGACUGUCCACAGUUCAUUUUUUUUCUGUUAGGAAUGACGCCUUCUCUGCAUCCGUACUCCAUUGAAUCUUUUUCAGACAUCCUAGAAUGAAAGGACUUGGCUUCUACUACUUUUAUUAGACACCUGUUUUCUCCCUCCCUAGACUAUUGAGUAAUAUUGUUCCUGCUUUUAUCCCUCUCAAAUUCCUGUCUGAGAGCUGAGAGCUGGGGGACGAUGUUCGGUCUCGUUACGCACCAGGAACUGAACUGUGUAGAGGGUCUACUUAAACUGUUGGUCUGACUCUCGUGAGUUGACACUGCUCCUUUCUUUUAUUGUGGCAAAAUAAAACCCUAAGAGUCUUUGGGAAACUCAAAAACUGGGAAAUAUUCACCUCCAUAAAUGUUGAAAGAUUGUGUCUAUGUAUAGAGUAAAUAAGACCGUAUGGAAUUACUGGACUGAAAGAAUAGUUUAGCUUAUAGUGAAGACAAAAAAAUAUAUAUUUUGAAAAUGCUGCUAAAUAUUGAUGCUGACAGUGUUUUUCUCUUGUGAGUGACCCAAGCAUAUUAUAAAUAGUUGGUAAAGGGAAUGGAGCCUAUGGGGUCAAGGAAAAUGUUGCACGUAGCUGUGCCUAGACUCAUGAUGACAGCUUUAUGAUUAUGGGAUUUGAUAAAAUUGUAAUUUUUUAUUCUAUUCCAAAGAUGCUUUCUAUAGGGUGGCCAUUAAGUCUAGAAAUAUAGAUCAUACUAUUUUGUCAUUCAUUAGAAUAUAGUAUCAAUAAACCAUUUAUUAAGGAUUUGCCUGGUUUCCAGACUUGAUGGCCACUAAUGCUCGCCCCCCUCUGGGAACGACAAUGAAAUUUAUUCCUGUUGCCUUAAAAAUAUUCCUCUUCAUGUAUCAUGAUUGUACCAGCGAGGGUCCUUUACUAUUUCCAGGAGUGACUUCUGUGUAACUCUUGAUACUGCUGAGAAAACAAAAGCCUUUCAGCAUAGGUGAUGUUGGAACACAUUAUUUAUUUUCUGAAGAUGUCGCAGUGAAUUUCCAGCUGUUCACUGACCCAUGAAUUCUGUGUGGUAGCCAUGCAUCUUCUCUACAAACACUGCCCCACUCUGGCCAGUCCCUCUCGUUUUGUCCCUUCAUGUGAAUGUUCUUUGGUUCCCUUAGUGGAAACACAGACCAGUUUCCUCCUCAUCUUCUGAAUCCAAGUGAAGUAAGAUUAUUUACUUUCUAGGAUUAUGCAGUUAAAAUGCCCAGUUCAGAUUUGUGAAACAUCAGUGCAUGAUGUUUUUCUUUUGAGAAGAGUUGUGUUUGAUUGCCAGUUGAUGGGGAUAGGGUGAAAAUCAGACAUGCAGAUACAGCUCAGGUUUCCAGGGGAACCAGGCAUAGAGAAAAACAAGUCUUAUAUGAGGAAAAUUACACAAUUUAGAGUGGUUUUGCCAUGGAGACAAUUUCCAUAAAGUAGGAAAAGUAGAAAGUUAAGGUUAUUAUAGGGAUCAUUCAGGAGAGGAAAGUGUGUGCUUUUUUGGAAGCAGAAAAAUCUUCAAAACUUUCCUCACUUCUGUUGAUGUUUAGCAGAUGCUCCAAUGUAAUCAUGGGCUUUGGAGUUUUGGGAAGAGGUAUGGGAAAUGGCCUUGGUGAUCCCUGACUCCAUACUCUGCUCCUUCAUCCUUCCGUUGGUUCUCCCUUCCAGCAAAAUAGACGCUUAAAGCCAGCCGCAGAGUCGCUCAAUGCAUCUCACUAGUGUGUGCUAUUUCUGAGGUUGCCCUGCAGUAGAGGGCAGUCACCUUUGCUAGGUGAGACCAUAAUGAAAGCCACAUGGUGUUUCCAUGGGCUUUUGAAAGAUGAUGCUUGUUUGAUGAUGUUUGAUAGCCUAAAAAAAAUGUUUCUGGUUUUCUUCAACAAAGUCUAGCUUUUCCUUCAAUGAUUUUGCACUAAAAUAAAAUAAAAUUUUCUUGAAAAUAUUUUGACCAAGAUAAAAUUAAAGGGAUCUCUUAGUUUUCCUUCUACUGCCACACGUGAGGUUCCAUCAAAGCAAGGCACAAAGAGUAGUUUGGGUGGUUUCUAAAAUUCUUACAUAUCCCUGCCUUCUCUGAUUCUAGCCAGCUCUGCAUUCAUUUUGCUUUCUCUUAUCCCCACCAGCUUCAGCUUUAGAACUUGAAAGCACUGCUGUGUUUCAUAUACUCUAACACUAAAGCAAACAUAUAAUAGGUACUGUUUAUUGAAGGCCUGCUGAGUGUCAUGUGUGUACAGUUUUAGGACAUUUGCAAACAUCUCAUUUAAUGUUGCCAGCAUCUUUGAGAUAGGCACGAUCCCGUGUUUAUAAACAAAGCGAGGGUCGGCAGAGUAAAGCGUCGUGCCCUGGCUUCUGCUGCCAAUGUGCAGUGUAGACAGACUUGAACCCGGGUUUCCUGGCUCUGCUCCUAGAUGUUAACUCCCUGCAUCCUGUCUCAAGGAACACAGGGCUCUGAGCUUGCUUGUAUUUCCAAGUGGCCUCACAUCCAGAAUGGCGGUGUUCACUCUGGUGACAUCCACCUCUGUAUGAGAGUGUUCCUUUUCCUUUUUCCCUUUUGCUUAAGCAAAGGAAGCUGCCAGAGGAGAGUCUGAGCCCUUGAUCAUCUGUAACUGCUCACUUAAAAGUAAAAUGAGGGCUUCCCUGGUGGUUCAGCUGGUAAAGAAUCUACCUGCAGUGCAGGAGACUUGGGUUUGAUCUCUGGGUUGGGAAGAUCCCCUGGAGAAGGGAACUGCUACCCACUCCAGUAUUCUGGCCUGGAGAAUUCCAUGGAUUGUAUAGUCCAUGGGGGUCGCAAAGAGUGGGCCAUGACUGAGCGGCGCUUACUUUUGUACGUAAGUAAAAUGAAAGACUGUCUAAGUAGGCCUGGCUCGGGUCCAGGCUACUCUGUGGCAGCGGCAAGCUCAUGGUCCUCACUUGUUCUCUCGGUGUCCAUGGUUUCGUGGCCCCGAAGGGACCUUGGUGCUUGUGCCACCCCAGCCGUGGUGCUCACACACUCCCCUAGACUCCUGGGAGCCCUCCAGACACUGCUCAAUACUUUAUUUCCCUGACAUCAGAACAAAUGACUCCCUUGCCUCUACCCCCAGACGUGGCCCCCAUAGAUCUUUCCUGCAGUGCUAGUCGGUGGACGGAUGGUGAUUGAGCUCCUAAUCCAGGGUCAUCCUAGACUUUAAUAUCAUCCUCCCUGUGUGACAUUGCACAUUAACAUGGUCCUGAAUGCCACAUCCACAUCUUUGCCUGCCCUCUGAUGUGGUGGCACUGCUUAUCGCUUACAGUUCUGGCAGAAAUGGCUUCCCAUCUCACCUGCCUUCUCCAGGGUGACUCAGUACCUUCCAAUAGCUCAGCUCAGAUGAGCUCCAGCUUCAUCCAGGGUGUGCCCCUCUCUUUGGUAGGGAGGGGAAAAGGUAAGAAUAGGCACAGGCGAUGGAGGAUUCUUGGGAGACGUGAUGCUGUGGCCUCUCCUGCCAUUUCUAGGUUGAGUUUUUUUCUUUUCUGGCCACACCAUGAAGCAUGCAGAACUUACCCAACCAGGAAUCGAACCUGUGCCCUCUGAAGUGGAAGUGCGGAGUCUUAACCACUGGACUGCCAGGGAAGCCCUAUAGGUUGUUGAUAAAUUCUGAUAGAAAGAUGCCUAUGUAAACCCAUAAAUAGAGUUUUUAUACUUUUUAAAUCACUGGAAACUGAGUUCAAUAUCUGAUUUUGGUUAUUUGUUUAAAGAAGUUUUAACCACCUGCUUGUGGUGUGUGUGUGGGGCAGGGAGGGGAGGGAGAAGUCUUUGCUUAAAUCAUAAAGACAGCAAAUUUCCAAGUAUGUUCAGGUAUCAGAAGGGCUUGGUAGUCACUGUUUAUUGGUGCUAUGUGCACUCCAUCCAUUAUCUAAUUAAAUCCUCAAUAAUUAGCCUAUGUAAUAGUAUUAUCUCAAUUACCUUGCCGCCUCGUGUUUUAAAACUGAAAUGCUCCUGUUUACUUAACCUUUUCCUAUAUGUAUAGGAAUUAAUCAGGAAAUUCAAAAAGGCUUUUUUUGUGUUUUUCUAGUUUGAGCUCCCUAUUCUCAUGAAUAGAUGAAGCAGUGUAUUUGCUCCCACCUGGAAUCUUUGCUUUUGGCCCUAGUGCCGAGACCGGAAAUGGGCAUCAGUGGGUCCUGGUGGUAGCCGCACGCUGUGUAUACAGAGGACAGGGUUUCAUCUGUCUUCUGCUGGGUCACAGGGUCUCGGGAGGCAUUCAUAUCUACCUGGUGGACGUCAUGUAUUGCUUUUCACUUAAUAGACAAUAUCUUUUCUUGCUGCAGUAAUUUUGCCAGAAAGGCAAUUCGUAAGACAGAGUCAUGUCUAUAGUAUGAAUUGCAUUCUAUUCCCCUCCAUUUUCAGUAACUCCCUCGUCUGUUUGGUGUUUCAGAAGAGGAACCCAGUAACAAACACCUUUUCAUGUGGGAAUGUGGUCUGGUCAUAAGGUUCCUUUCCUUAUAUAACUGACCCAGUCUGGUUUCCAGAUGCAAAGUGUGCAAGACCCAGAUGAUGGGGAAACCGUGAAGCCGUAUUUCAACUGUGAGGAAAAUUUGCUUCCUGCGUCUGUUGAGAUAUAAUUACAGUUGCUGAUAAAUGCCAUACCUUAUCUUUCUUUUAACAAAUUGCACGAUUCUUGCCAAAAUAAAUGUCAUUAUCUGUAUGCUUCAGGAAAUUCCCUAAAUUGGUGUGUGUGUGAGAGAGAGAGAAAGAGAGGUGGUGUGUGUUUUGGGGGCAGGGGGGUGGGGGAGUGGUGGAUAUAUUCAUUCCUUCUUUGGUGAUAAUUAGGCUAUUCUAUAAAGCACAGUGUCAUUUUUGAAAUAAAAGAUUUCCUGUUUAAACACAUGUCAAAAGAGCAUUGUACCUUGAAGAUUCUCACUGGGAUUGAUGUGUGUCUAAUUUCAUUUCAUAAAACCUUUCUCUUGAGACAGAAAUGUGCUAAAUAAAAACAAAGUUUUGUGUUUAAUUUAGAGAAGAAUAAAGGGAAGAAAAAUGAAAACUCAAUCUUUGUGUCAGCCCCAAGGUGUCAGGCAUAGAAGGCUUUCCUAGUUUUAUGAGAAUUUGUACUACUGAUUUUUAUAUAUUCUUGUUUUUGAGACGAGUAGAUCUCGGGAAAUUGUUGCAUUACAAUGGCAUUUCACUGUGAUUCGUCUCAAGCUCAAAUCAGUUCUCUAACCUAAUGACAACUCGCCUCUGGUUUACUCUCCUGUGAAAUGUCAGCUCCAUUUUCCCAGAAGUCGUGUGUUUACAAUGAGUCAGUGCUUUUCCUCAGUGUGGAAGUUAUCAGUCCUUUUGAUUUUGGUGUAUGUGCUUAAUUCAAAGUAUCUAAACCUGUAGUCUAAUCUGUACAUGCUCUGUUAAUUGUGUUAUUGAUGAUUUUAUCUGGCUUGAAGAUUGACUCAUACUUUUUAAUUUGAUAGAAAUAAAGUUUUUUCUGCUUAUAA